AGCCUUUUGGCGGAGGUGGCGAUGGACGCUAGAUGGCGCUCUACAACACUGUAUUUGUCUGCACAUGCUUACAGAAGAAGUUCCCCGGACGUUUCUCUUGUGUUUAUUCGCUGUGUACGUGCUCUUUGUACAUUCAAAACCGAGUAAUCCGGUGUCAAAUGGGUCGCAGAAAGUCGAAGCGAAAGCCUCCUCCGAAGAAGAAAAUGACUGGAAAUUUGGACACGCAGUUUACCUGCCCCUUCUGUAACCACGAGAAAUCCUGCGAUGUUAAAAUGGAACGAAGUCGAAACACGGGAAUAAUAUCUUGCACUGUGUGCUUGGAGGAGUUCCAGACUCCUAUUACCUAUCUCUCAGAGCCCGUGGACGUCUACAGUGAUUGGAUCGAUGCCUGCGAAGCAGCCAAUCAGUAGCUCAUCUCAUAGGGUCAGAGGUCAAAGAAGUCUGUACGGCCCUACAAGACUACGAGGUGUAUUUUUCUAUCAUGAAAUGUAUCCUGUAACAUCCAGUUUGUCUCUUGAUUUAAAAGAGUCAUUGUCAGUCACGUGUAAUCAUGGUGUUCCCUUUUGUUAGUUUUACACAAUGUGAAGACACAAAGGAAAUUGGGCGAAUUUGAAAGCUGGUGCAUUUGAUAAUACCCACAUGAUUAGACCCACGUUUUUUCUUUUGAGAAUUUGUGAACUUUUUUUUUAGUUGGCAUUUAGGUUUUUAUAUGUCUAAUGAUUGGUCGAGUACAUGUCAAUAAAAAUGUGUUAGAAAGUU